AUUACAAGACUUUUCCCUGGCCCCUACAAUAAUGCACCAUUUCACCAAGGCUGUGUGCUCUUAUUUCUAUAAAUUACAUCUCUUGUUCUUGGUGUGAUAUUCCAUCCCCAAAACUCUCAUAUUAUAGGUACUAUACAAGUCUUACUAUUUUUCCUUCCGAUGCCUUCGAUCAAAAUGGACAUGCGUCUCAAUAUAGAUAAGAUAUCUAAAGAGAAGACACAGAGAGGGGAAGAAAAACGUAGACAGAAUAAUUCCGAGGUGAUGGCAACCAUCUUGCUUCUUCUUCUCUUCUCAGCAAUUUUCACUGCAGACGCUCAACAAACUGGACAGUCCGUUAUCAGGCCAGGUUCUUUGUUAACACCUACAGCCACAGGCACCAACUCUUCAUGGCUGUCACGUUCUGGUCGAUAUGCCUUUGGAUUCUACAAGCAGGGCAACGGCUAUGCUGUCGGGAUUUUUGUUGCCGGGAUUCCACAGAAGACUGUGGUCUGGACAGCCAACCGAGACAAUCCUCCACUUCCCGCUGAUGUUAAAUUGAACUUCACAAGCGAUGGACGGUUGGUUCUACAAUCAGCACAAGCUGACACGGUGAUCGGGAUCGUCAGUAGUACUGAAGGUGCAGCAGCGGCAUCGAUGUUGAAUUCAGGCAACUUUGUUCUCUAUAACUCUGAUAACAGGACAAUAAUAUGGCAGAGUUUCGACCAUCCAACUGACACCUUCUUACCAGGUCAGAAGCUCACGACCGAUGAAGUGCUGUUUUCCAGUCGUUCGGACACCGACCACUCAACAGGCAUUUUUCGUCUCAUAAUGCAACAAGAUGGAUGGCUGUCGAUGUACCCGGUUGGAACCCCAUUCGAACUUCAAUAUGGUUAUUUUGGAAAAGGUAAAGAUGGAGAAGGAACUGAUGUUUCGCUAAAUUUUGAUUUUGAUGGUCGCCUCUACUUGCUCAAUGGCACCGGCAUAUCAAUAGUGAACAUUACAAUGGGAGAUCCAAAAGAAGGUGUAAUCUACCGUUUGAGAAUUGACCCUGAUGGCAGGUUGCGACAUUACUCGCACAAUCUGGAUCAGAAUGGUGAUUGGAAAGUCACUUUGUUAGGCCCGGAAGAUGUGUGUGCCCCUAAGGGUCUCUGUGGCAUCAAUGGAUUUUGUGUUACAAACGAUCUAAAAUUUGGUUGCAAAUGUCUUCCCGGAUUCAAACCUGUUAACGGAGAUGAUUGGACUUUUGGAUGUGAAAGGAAUUUUGAUUCAAAAAGUUGCAAAAGCAAUGAAGCAGUUUCUGGAUAUAACAUGAGUGUAGAGCCUAAUAUCGUAUGGGAAAAUGCUAACUAUUCUAUCAUGAGCAAUUCAACCCAAUACUUGUGUGAAGAAGCAUGUUUAAGGGACUGCAACUGUGAAGUUGCAUUGUACAAAAACGGAGAUUGUUGGAAACAAAGGCUUCCUUUGAGAUUUGGAAGAAGACAACAGAGUGACUCUAGCGUAGCCCUCAUCAAGGUAAUGUCUUCACUCUCUACGGAUCCAAUUGUGCCAAAAGAAUGCAAAAAGGAGAUUCGAGUGGACAUCCUGAUUAUUGCCCUUUCUUUGCUUGUAUUUGCAUGCAUUGUCUUGGCAGUUUCUGGAAUUGUAGUUUACAAAUAUCGUGUUUGGGCCAACAAAAACAUAUCUAACAAUGAACAAGUUAGCUUGGGUGAGGAUGUUGCUCCAAAAUCAUAUACUUACGCAGAACUUGAGAAAGUGACUGGUGGUUUCAAAGAAGAGCUCGGUAGAGGAGCCUUUGGGAUUGUUUAUAGAGGGGCAAUAUGGAAUGGCGAGAAGAUUGUGGCUGUCAAACGACUGGACAAAUUGUUGGCUGAGCGGGAAAGAGAGUUUCAGACGGAGGUGAAAGUUAUCGGGAGAACACAUCACAAAAAUCUAGUCCGGUUACUCGGGUAUUGCCAUGAUGGACCGAAUAGGCUUUUGGUGUACGAUUACAUGAGCAAUGGUUCACUUGCAGAUAUACUCUUCAAGCCAUCAAAACAACGACCUUUUUGGGAUAGAAGAGUUGAAAUUGCUCGCAAUAUAGCGAAAGGAAUUCUCUAUCUCCACGAAGAGUGUGAGCCACAGAUCAUUCACUGCGACAUAAAACCACAUAACAUUCUCAUGGAUGAGAACGGGUGUGCAAAACUCGCUGAUUUCGGAUUAGCGAAGUUGUUGAAACCAGACCAAACCAAAACCUAUACCAACAUAAGAGGCACAAAGGGAUAUGUCGCACCAGAGUGGCAUCGAAAUCUGCCCGUGACAGUCAAAGUAGAUGUGUAUAGCUUUGGAAUUGUGCUCUUGGAGAUUAUUUGUUGUCGAAGGAAUGCGGACUUUGAUCUUCCCGAGCAAGAAGCAAUUCUAGAAGAAUGGGCAUACCAUUGCUUUGAAUGUGGUGAGCUGGGAAAACUUUUGAGUGAUGAGGUGGUCGACAAGAAACAACUAGAAAGAAUGGUUAAGGUAGCACUCUGGUGCAUUCUAGAUGAGCCGUCACUUCGUCCUUCAAUGAAGAAGGUUCUACAUAUGUUGGAAGGUACUAUUGAUAUUCCAAUCCCUCCCAGUCCGACAUCUUUUCUCACUACCCUCUAAAUUGGUUUUGUAAUUUAUCUGUCUCAAAAGUCGAAACCCAAGCAUGGAAUGGUUUGAAAUAAUAAGUGCUCAGCACAUUCUAUUGCUUAGAAGGGGAUAAAGAAGAUAAAAGAUCUCUUGCAAUUGGUGCAAUCGUUUCUAUUUCUUUCUAGUUGUAGUUCCUAAUACAUGUAUUCCAUUGCUACACAAGUGUUUUAGUUUCUUAUUGUAUUGUAUCCAUAUAUGGGAUACAAUGGUUUACCGACUACAUUGAUUGCAAACAUAAGCAUUGACUGUAUCACCAGGCCUUUUUAAAGGCUAGUUUGGUAGACAA